AUUCUGAAAUGUAUUCAAGCUGCUUCCAUCUGAAUCUCAUCUCUAUUACAUCUACAUAGAGUUUGUACUAAUACUGACAACUUAUUCCCAAAAAGUAUCCAGAAUGAAGAUUGCAAUCGAAGGAUGCUGCCAUGGGGCGCUCGAUGCCAUCUACAAGCAUAUAGAGUUUCUUGAAAAGAAAAACAACUAUGUCGUUGACCUUCUGCUCAUUUGCGGCGACUUCCAGGCCAUCCGGAAUCACUCCGAUCUUCAGUGCAUGGCAGUGCCUCCAAAAUACAGGCAACUGGGAGAGUUUUAUAGAUACUAUACUGGCGAGAAAAAAGCGCCCGUCCUUACUAUUGUCAUCGGUGGAAACCACGAGGCUUCAAAUUAUCUCUGGGAACUGUACCAUGGAGGAUGGCUUGCUCCAAACAUCUAUUUCCUUGGCCAUGCAGGCUGCGUUCAGGUAGAUGGCGUUCGCAUAGCAGGAGCAUCGGGUAUUUUUAAGGGAAAUGAUUUUCAUCAAGGGCAUUAUGAGCAAAUGCCUUACGACCACAGCUCAAUGCGAAGCAUCUACCACAUCCGCGAAUACAACAUUCGUCGACUUUCCCUCCUUUCAUCGCCAGAUAUAUUCCUAUCUCACGACUGGCCACAGUCUAUCGAACAGCAUGGCGACUUACCCCUCCUCCUACGCCGCAAACCCUUUUUCAGACAGGACAUCAGUACAGGCAGUUUGGGCUCACCUCCGUUAAUGGGAUUGUUGCAUACCUUGAGACCGUCGUGGUGGUUUGCUGCGCAUUUGCAUGUCAGAUUUGAGGCUGUAGUCACCCAUCACCAGGCAACGUCCGCCGCAAAUGGAAGUAUAUCCCCUUCACCCGCUCAAGGCGAGAAUCCUGAUGAAAUAGUGAUAGAUGAAUUUGAGGAAGAUGGUCUUGAUACGAAGAAGCCCGAUGGCGUUGAGUCGUCAACAAUGGCAGAAUCGUCGAUAUCCACGACUGGUCCUCUUAACCCUGAUGAAAUCACGCUGGAAGACGAAGAAGAAGGAGUCGUUGCCCCUCCGCCACCUGUCCCCCAACCGUCUGAAACGAGAUUCUUAGCACUCGACAAGUGCCUUCCUCGUAGGGAGUUUCUCGAAGUGAUGGACUUUCCCGCUUCUUCUGAUUCAUUACCACCUGCCACCGACGGACAGCGCCGUCGCCCCACUCUCACUUUUGAUCCUGAGUGGCUUGCCAUCAUACGUGCAUUCCAUCCGUACUUCUCCAUGUCCCGUCGACAAGCUGUCUACCCAGAAGAGGCAGCUGCACGAGCACAAGUUGCCGAAGAACUGUCAUGGGUUAAAGCACACAUAUCGAGCACAGAAGAAGGCGAAACCAGCGAUCUGCGAGAAGUCGAGUCAUGUCAAGUCUUUGUCCAGACUGCGCCUGGUCCAGGAAGUGAGGGCCCGGCAAAAAACCAGCAACCUCCAUGGUAUACAAACCCGCAGACGACUGCUUUUUGCGAUAUGCUAGAGCUCGAGAACAAAAUAAAUCCCCCUCCACGGGCGGCGCCUUCUUCCGUAGUUUAGUUCUCGGUGUUUCUGCAAUUACCGUCUCACUGAACACAGCACUUGAUGUCUUAGUACUUAUGUCUGUGAUCAACAGGCCCAAGCUCCGUAUAUUUCACAAUAAAGUCAAGUUGUGUUGCAAGCUCCAUGAACCCAUUUUCUGGAGCUUACUCAGUCCUCCUAGAUAUAUAGCGGUAUCUCAUACUACU